AUGUUAUAAUAAAUGGAUCAAAAUUCCUUUUAAAUUCAUUGCUAACGCAAGCAUUUCCUGAAAGACAAACAUUAUCAUCUUCUAAUUGAUGAUAAUCGCAUUUAAAUAUCGCAAAGUCAGCAAACUUUCACUAAGCUAAUGUUUUGGAAAACUGAAUAAAAUUAGUUAAUUGCAUUUGGUAUGAAGUAUAAUAAAGUCCUGAAAUGGUUUCAUGCCGAGAAGAAUGAUCUAGAAGCAUUAUAUAGAGAAUUACACACUCGCAUAUUCUUUGGAAAUAUAUCAGCAAUAUACGAAAGUAAGGAAAUGCUUGGAGCUGGGGCGUCAUGCAAAGUUUAUAAGGUUUUCAAUAAGAUAACUCAUUACGAAUUUGCAUCAAAAUGCAUCAGAAAAGAUUAUAUUUUUAAAAGGGAAGACAAAGAAAGAUAUAAUCGUUUGCUGCAAGAAAUAGAGUUGAUGAGAUUGAUCGAGCAUGAUUCAAUUGUUAAAAUGGUCGAUAUUUAUGAAGGGGACAAGUCAUACUACAUCAUAAUGGAAUUGCUCAAAGGUGAAACCCUCUACUCAUUCAUCAAAAAGGCAUAAUUGAACAUUUCUCAAAUUAAGGCAGUGAUGAGCAGAUGUCUGAAAGCAUUAUGUUAUUUGAAUUUUCUCAACAUCAUUCACAGAGAUCUAAAAUUAGAAAACCUAGUGCUUCUUGAAGCAAAUAAUGUGGAGACAGUUAAGAUCAUUGAUUUUGGGCUAGCCAUCCCCUUAUCUACUCCUAAUCGUCAAUUAUGUGGGACUCCUGGAUACAUAGCACCAGAAAUGUUCAUUGAUAAAUAUCCAUAUACCACAAAAGUUGACAUGUUUAGUUUAGGUGCUAUAUUUUAUAAGCUCCUGAGUCGAAGAUCCUUAUUUAGUGGUAAUAAUAGCGAUGAAAUUCUUGAAAACAACAAGAGAUUUAAGUGCAACAACCAUCUUAAGUGCUGCUCUAAUGAGAUCUUAGACUUGUUGAAAUAGAUGUUGCAAAAGGAUCCCAAUAAGCGAAUUUCUCCAGAACAGGCUCUCUUACACCCGUUUUUUGAAGAAUCUAUUUAAGGAGACUUAGGAGUAGCAGAUGAAAGCCCACAUGAAGUCGUGAGAACAUUUCCACAUAUCAAACCUAUGUAGAUCACUAACUCUAAUGAAAAUAUUGCGGAUAUCAAGAUUCAGGUUAUUAGAGGAAGUCAACCUAGUUUUGAGUAAAGCUUGGGGUCAAAUUACUUUCCUUCUUUUGAUGAAAUUAAUAAAAAAUCAAGAAAUGGCAGCGAUCACAUUAUUGAAUGA